AUGGAGGCAGCUGGCAUUGCGACAUCUAUUGACUUCGAGGCAGUGGAGUGCGUCUAUGCCGAGACCAUGGGCGAACUACACGAUCUAUUGGACAGCACGAAUUCGGUCACUGAUACAUCGAUGUCGCAGUCCUUCGUACCAACACAGGCGGUAAAUCAAUCACUACCACGCAUUCGAAUUCCACCAUUCGAUGGUAACUUCCUACACUGGUUCCCGUUUAAAGAUUGGUUCAUCUCCAUUGUUACGUCUAACGCAUCCCUCACAAAUACACAGCGCUUGCAAUACUUAAAGGAUAGCCUUACUGGAGAGGCAAAAAAUGCGCUUGAUAACGUCACUACGACAGAUGCUAACUUCCAGGUUGCGUGGGAGCUACUUCAAUCCAAGUACGAGAACAAACGGAUAAUAAUCAAUGCUCAUGUAGCAGCGAUUAGCAAACUUCCUUGUGCUCCGAAAGAAUCUGCCUCUGCGCUGAGGUCAUUACUUGAUGGCGUGACGUCGUCUAUACGUGCGCUGCAGCAUUUGGGCCGGCCAAUCGAGCAUUGGGAUGAUUGGCUGGUGUUCACUAUUACUCACAAGUUGGAUGCCACCACUCGCAAAGCAUGGGAGCUCUCCCUAAAGUCGAACGACGAUAUUCCAACUUUUAAGGAGCUGCAGGAGUUUCUUACCAGUAGAACACAAUCCUUGGAAAUAGUCCAAAGCUACACCGAGCCGAAGCCCUUCGUAAAGGAGCAUACUCCAAAGAAGUUAGGCACCACCUCUGCUGUUUCUGGGUAUCAUACCACAUCUGGGCGCUGUCCCAACUGCUCCGGUAAGCAUAUUAUAAUGUUUUGCGAAGCUUUUCGCAAUAAAUCGCCGCACGAACGGUAUGACUACGCACUACAAGCUAAGCUGUGCCUAAACUGUUUGCACAUCGGCCACCAGCAAGCAGCUUGUUCUUCCGAGCGCCGUUGCAAGACGUGUCAAGCUAAGCACCACACAAUGCUGCACGACUACUUUGCUUUCAACGCGACUAGUACGAGCAAACAGGCUGCAUCCUCUCAUAACGCAGUCACAACAAGGCAAGACCCUAAUAUGCUGCCGCCGGUACUGAUCGGCACAGCCCUGAUUGAGGUUAAGUCAAAGUCCGGACACAAGGUCGUUUUACGAGCUUUACUGGACAGCGGGGCAGAAGCAACGUUCAUCAGCGAAUCCGCAGUCAACUUGUUACACUUGGUGAAGUCUAAUGUAAAGAUACCUAUUAAUGGUGCUAACGGUGAUAGAGUGGCUACAGCAAAGGGGCUAGUAACGUUUAAUCUACGUUCAUUGAAAUCCGACUUCGAGCUUGCAUGCAUCGCUCUAGUGCUGCCUCGAGUUGGAAACCGAACCCCGACGGUAGCUAUUGCACCGAACGAUGUUCAACACUUUAGUGAGUUAGACCUUGCUGAUCCCACCUGGAACGUACCGCAACCGAUUGAUGUCAUCUUAAAUGCUGCCGAUUAUGCUGCUCUUCUGUUAAGCGGAAUACAGCGUAGCAAAACUAGUCUUUUGAUUGGCCAAAGUACACGGUUGGGUUGGGUAAUUUUCGGCAGUUCUGCUAAUCAAUCUUUCGUAACGACACGGGAUGUGAUCGACUGCUAUCACACUCAACUCGAUCUCGACCGAACGCUUCGCAGCUUCUGGGAGUUGGAAGAGCUUAAUUCAACGCCCGCACUAACGCAAGAUGAUCGAUUCGUCGAGAAUUACUUCAACCGCACUACGCGGCGAGCUGCAGACGGUCGUUAUAUUGUGCGGCUACCAGUCAAACCGGAUUCUGAUCUAACGCAAUUAGCCUCUACGCACCAUGAUGCGAUUGUUCUCCUCGAUCAUCUUCGUCGACGUUUAUCUCGAGAUCCGGUCAUGCGAGAUAUGUACGAAGAAUUUAUCAACGAGUACGCAUCAUUGCAACAUAUGGUCAGCAUCACUAAAGAAGAAGAAUGUUCAACGCCCAUCUGUUAUCUCUCCCACCAUGGCGUCUGGAAAACAUCCAGAAGCACAACGAAAUUAAGGGUCGUCUUCAACGCUUCAAGACGAUGCAACAGUGGUAAGUCUCUUAAUGAUUGCUUAUACUCUGGUCCUAAGUUACAGAACGACCUGACUGCUGUUGUACUAAAUUGGCGUCGAUACCGAAUUGCGCUCACUGGAGAUAUCGCCAAGAUGUACCGUCAGAUCUUGGUGGACGAGAGAGAUACUGAUUUGCAGCGUAUUGUUUGGCGACCUAACUCGCACCGAGAGCCAACACAUUUCAGAUUAAAAACUGUCACUUGUGGUACCAGUUGCGCGCCAUACCUGGCAAUUAAAGUAUUGCACACUCUAUCUGCUGACGAACGCUGUAACUUUCCUGACGCUGCUCAGAUCUUGCUUGAUGGGUUCUGCGUGGAUGAUGUUCUAACGGGGGCAGACAAUGUCGAGGAUGCUUCCAGACGACGUCGAGAACUGCAAGGCCUUCUCCGCGCAGGUGGCUUCGCCCUUCGAAAGUGGAAUUCCAACUCACGCGCUGUGCUGAAAACCAUUGAUCCUGUUGAUCUUGAAACUAAAUCUUCACGGGAGUUUCAGCUAGAGGGAGAGUACAACAACUUAGGACUCGUCUGGGCUACCAAAGACGAUUGCUUGACCUACGCACUAAAGCUUGAUUGCACGGUAACCACAUUUACAAAGCGACCACUGCUGUCUGACGAGGCUAAGCUGUUCGACCCACUUGGGUUCCUGGCGCCUGUAAUUAUUCGUGGGAAAAUGUUUAUUCAAAAAUUGUGGUUAACAGGCCUAGAUUGGAAUGACAAUCUGCCGGAAGACUUGCAGACGAAAUGGAUAUCUUUUCGCAACGAGCUUAAGACAGUUCCAGAAGUACGCAUAUCACGCUGGCUUAAUACAUCCCAGCAAAAUGAAACCUAUGAGCUCCAUACCUUUGCAGAUGCAUCUACGCACGCAUACGCCGCUGUAGUGUACUUAAAGGUUGUCGCUCAAUCAUCCGUCCACAUUCACCUAUUGAUGUCGAGGACACGAGUGGCACCGUUAAAGAAAGUUACAGUACCACGGCUCGAGCUAUGUGCAGCCUUACUUGCUGCUCGUCUGAUGAAUAAGGUAAGAGAUACGCUUAACCUAUCCUCUAUAUCUACUUAUAUGUGGUCAGACUCUACGACUACAAUAUGGUGGAUACGAUCCGAUCCAGGAGCGCUAAAAGAGUUCGUGUCGAAUCGUGUUAGCCAGAUACAAGAGGUGACUACUGUAAGCGACUGGCGUUAUGUUAACACGGCCGACAAUCCUGCUGAUUGUGCCUCACGAGGACUGACCAUGGCGCAGCUUGUAGAUCAUCACCUAUGGUGGCAUGGGCCCUCCUGGCUUAGCCAACCAGAAACCAGCUGGCCACAGCCUUUGCUAAAGGCACCAGAAAAGCUCUCCGAAUCCAAACCUGUGCAAGCUACAACGGCACGCAUCAUUCCUUCUGAUUGGUUCAUCCUGGAAAACUAUUCGACGCUUGAAAGACUUUAA